AUGGCGUUCAUCGAGGUGAGCGCCUUCCUUUCCCCCUUGUCCGUGGACUGCUGGCUCGCUAGCUUCUUGAUUCCCUCGUUGACAAGCACGCAACACCUUGAUAAUUGUGUAUUGCGUCCCAUAGUUGCCCUUAAUUUGAGAUGCCUGACAGAGCUGUAUCUGUAUCAACGGCUCAGCUACAUGGAGGUGCUUGAUUGCUUGAGACUUAAAGUUAUAGAGAACAAAGCUUCAAAUAUCUCCAGCUUUCAGUUUGCAGGUAAUGAAGUACAACUCUCACUUGGAAAAUCAUUGCAAGUGAAAUCCCUUAAAUUGCACCAUAGCUGUGUCAUCAGUCAUGCUAUUGACAAGCUUCCAUCCAUUGUGCCAAAUCUUGAGAGACUCAACAUAAUUUCUCCUCAUGAGGGGGCGGUGCGGUGGGCGCGGGACAAGGCCAAGGGCGCACGCAAGCUGCGCGCCGCCGACGUCGCCCUCAACCACCGCCUCGUCUCCUGGCGCGUCGGCGGCGGCGCCGGGGACGGCCCGGCCGCCACGGGCGGGUACAACUACAGGGGCGCCUCCGCGUCCGCCGUGCUCGCCCACCCCGCCGACGGCAACAGCUGGCAUGCCGAGGACGAGGAGGAGGACGACGCCGAUCUCGAAGCCGCCGCCCCGAGGGGGAUCUCUGACAUAGGGAAUGUGGCAGCAGAUGACCAUGAACAGCGGUGUCACUAUGCAAUCUGGGCCAUAUCAUGUGCGGCCAGGGGAGCCGGACUGCACCUACUACCUCAGGACUGGAUUGUGCAGUUUCGGCAUGAGCUGCACGUUCAAUCACCCUCAGGACAGGAAUACGGUGAGCAGACUACCUCUCCCAGCUGUUGUUUUUAUACUGCUCUGUUUCACAUGUUCACAAUCGUCACGGUUACGUUUUCCACAUUUUCCAAUAUAUUCUAUCCUCAUGUAGUACAUAAGCAGGACUGUAAAAUGAAUACGCAAUUAGUACAUCUUAUGUUGAUUUGUUCCUAUUGCACCAUGGAAUCAAAUGUAGCAACUUUGACUGAAUUUAAGGCAAUAUUUAAUGCGCAAAAUGCUCAGUAUCAUGAUUCAUAUGACCACCUUUAGAUAUUUAGGCGCUUUCUCAUUCAAAGCGCGUAAGUAUCCUAACAUCAGUAAAUAUGUUUUGAUUCAGCCGCCCGCACCCCUCUGCCUCUGCUGCUGCUGUGCAGUUCCCUUCUAAUCUGCAUCAGCAUCUGCUCUGCUCCUGUUAAUUCAUCGCGCCCCUGUGUGUAAAAUUAAGAAAAAAAGACAAACUAAAGAAAGAAGAUACAUACUGAGGGGCUAAAGAGUAAACUGAAGACUGACAAGAAAUAUUGAUGGACUGUCAUGUUAGUUCAAAACUAACUACUCACUUUAGCUAUGGAUCAGUACAGAUAAUUAGGGGCAACAAAAUAGCUACACAAAGUUGGAAGAGAAAAAAGUUGUAGACCAGAGGUAGCUUGCCUCAUUGAUUGGUAAUCUGGGUACAUUUUAUGAAGAAGAUUGUUGUGUGCUAAGUUGGUUUCUUUUAUAUAAAUGGAGUCGGGGGGGCUUUCUGAUUGUCUAAAAUAAAAUUUAUGAAGAAUAGGCAGAAAAACAGAUGUAGAUCUGUGCAGCAUCACACGAAGAUAUAAUUCUUAGCUCAAACACAAAUUUUAUUAUGACAUUUUCUCGUAAGCAUAGCAUCACUUAGUAAGAGAAACUAUAAAUAUACAGAUGCAAAUUUUACUUUCCUAAGAAGAAAUAAAGAUUUUACUAGCGGAAACAGUGUAUCAAAGAAAUAACAGUAGUGUGUAAUGGCAUGCAACAUUCUGUAAUCAUUCACCAUGGUGGUCUUCUGAAAAAAGCUAGAGCUCUGCUUUUUUGAAAACCUGACCACCUCAAGCAUCUGGUUCCGGUUAAAAUUCAGAUAAACAUACAGAUACGUCCACUUCUAGCAUAUCACUUGAUUUAAAUCGAUGAGAACACACAUAGCUGGCUACUCUACAUUCAAAGAGCCCAUGUAUGGAGCAACUCCCUACCGAUUUCUUGAAACCCCUGGUGUCCACACAAACUACACCCCAACACAGACCUCAACUGUGCCGACUACUAACAGAUCCAAACCGGCUUAAUUUCUUUCAGAAAAUCAGUGUGCGGAGACUACUCGCUGACACCGACUGGCCCCUCCCAUCCAUCCUCAUCUCUCUCUCUCACCCAACCAGCACCUCGCCCCUCUCCUCUGGGCUGGGAACGCAGUCGAAACUGAAGAAGUGACAUACACAUAGCCACAAAGGAAAAUCCAAAAAGAGAAGACCCCCAGGCCCCAGCCCUCUCCAACCCCCCACCCAGGUUGGUCAUUUGAGAAAACAAUGAAACCCACAAUCCGUUAAAAACCAGGAACAAACAACCCCAAACUGAAAAGACAGAUGCUUUCAGAAUCGCUUGCUGAGAUGCGCGACUCCAGAUUAUUAUUAAAAAGUAAUCCAAUUUUUAUGUAAGCAUUACAUUAUAUUUUAAAACUUUAAAAGAAACUCCUUCCGUCCAAAAAUAGAUGCCUUAUAUUUAACAUUAUAAUUAACAUUUAUUAAAACUAAUGCCGCAUGGCAAAACAAGUAGGUUCUGCACUUUUUUCUAACCCGGUGCAACGCACGGACAUUUGUACUAGUCAUAAUUUUAAAUAGCGGAAUAUAGCCACUAGCCGAAUUUACUCUUCUAGGAAAAGCACUGAUUUUAAGCCUAAAUCUUUUGCAAAAACAUUGAUCGACUACUUAGCCUGAGUUCUUUGGAGGAGUGGUUGAGCAAUGAUGAUGGACUGGUGCAACUACCCUAAAUUUUUCAAUGGUUAGAUAAAUCCCUGACGACAUAUCAUUCCCUGCGUGUUUCACUGUUCUAUGCAUGCGGUGCUCGUGGUUGAGGUUCGCGCCCCUCCAUGUGCUUUGCCUGCCAUUGGGGCUGAUGCACGAUCACUUAUGUUUGGAACGCCAUAUGCAUGUGGUUGCGCCACGUGCGGCGCCAGCAUGCAUGUACGUGUGCCACGAUGCAGUUACAUGUUGCAAAAACUGUCGUGCGGACGUGCCGAUAUUUCAGGUCGUCCAGCCCCUAUUUGUUCUCGUGGUCACUAACCUUAAUAUCUUCAACCUUUCGAUUGCAUCCCACAAUACAAUAGACACACCCACAAUGACACAUACAAUGAGGAUAUCUAUUGGCUCCAACUGCGCUCCCAGCAGCUGACAACGAUGAGCGGCAAUUCACCUUGCGUCCCGUAGUGGACACACACUUAAGGUUGACGGACCUCUAGGUGGUGUACACCAAUGACCCGGUCUCGGUUGAGAACUGCAUCAACGCUAUGGAGCAGUCGUAUGUUGAGGACAAACACAAAGUGGUCGGCUUCAACCUCCAAUACACCGGCGGUCAUGCCAAGUAUGAUCAAAAGGCUGUCAUUGCCCAGUUGUGCGUGUGCCAUAACAUCCUUGUCUACCACUAAUGUCUGGCCACAAGGGCUUGCGGUUUCGUCAGGUUUCUCAACAGCACCGACUACAGGUUCGUUGUGAUGGACACCACCAACGAUGUAAAGAUGCUCAAGACUUUGAGCAUGGCCUGCUAGAAACUUCUCGACAUCCAGGAACAGUAUAGAGUCUGGGGAGAAAUAAGGAGAAGGACUCCCUAUUUGACCUCGCCGUUGCCAUCAUUGACCCCUGCUAUAGAACAUGAGGGAUGAUUGCAACAAGAACAAGGUUGCCUAGGACAGGGCCUAUAUGCAAAGUCCAUAUGAAGGUCACGUCAAGUAUGCGUCCAAGGAUGGGUACACAUGCUACAAGAUGUACACGCGGAUCAUUGACAUGGAGAAGUGCCUCUGUCCUACAAACAGCGAUGGAUUGAGGCACAAGUAGAGCAUUGGAGGCAACUGUCAUAAGAAUUAGGUGACUUGAUGAUCAUUUCUCCUAGUUUAGUGUGCAUAUAAUUGUUUAUUGAGGUGUGCAAAUGUUAUGUGUAGUCAGUUAUGUAAUUGGAUGUUUAAUUUGAUUAUGCAAUCAUGUUCUUAUAA